UUAUUUCAGCUCAGAGGCCAUGCAUUGGAUAAGACUGGGGCAAAACUGGAAGAGCCAAUAGACCUCCCAAUUAAAGUUGUGGAUAUAAAUGACAAUUUUCCAGUGUUUUCACAUGAAAUUUUUGUUGGCUCAAUUGAAGAAUUAAGUGAAACAGGUACAAUUGUAAUGAGGAUAAAUGCAACAGAUGCAGAUGAACCGAACAACUUAAAUUCCAAAAUUGCUUUCAGGAUUGUUUCCCAAAGCCCUAGUGCUGCAUUCAGUAUGGAUAAGGAUACUGGCGAGGUUCGAGUAGCAAGAAUAAACCUUGACAGAGAGACACAAAGUAGGUACUCUUUGGUGGUAGAAGCAAAAGACCGUGGUGGUGAAUUAGGUGGGAAUGCUGCAACAUGUUCUUUAGAAAUCAAGAUUUUGGAUGUCAAUGACAAUCUGCCUGUCGUUGAAAGCCAUGCAUUUGAAGGAAGCAUUGAAGAAAACAGAGCAAACGUGGAAAUUAUGCGAAUAAAAGUGUUUGACAAAGAUGAAGAGUUUUCAGAUAACUGGCUGGCAAACUUUAAAUUUGUUUCUGGCAAUGAAGGUGGCUAUUUCCGUAUAGUAACAGAUAACCGAACAAAUGAAGGAAUUUUGACAGUUGUGAAGGAGCUGGAUUAUGAAAAAAUGCAAAGCCUAAACUUGGGCAUUGUUGUUACAAACAAAGCAGAGUUCCACAAGUCAAUUAAACACAGUUACAAACCACAAACAAUACCAAUCAAAAUUAAGGUGAUCAAUGUGCAGGAAGGCCCUGUGUUCCCUGGUGGCACAAAAAUUAUUGAAGCAAGUGAGAAACUGCAGAUUACAAAGGUUAUUGGACAGUAUCAAGCCUAUGAUGAAGACACUGGAAAAAUAGCACAGCACAUUACAUACAUCAAAGGAAAAGAUCCAGCAGACUGGGUCACUGUAGACCCAGUCACAGGCGAAAUCCGACUUGCUAAAAACCUUGAUUAUGAAUCAUCUUAUAUAGUAAAUGGCACCUACACUAUCACCAUGCUGGGUGUAACUACUGAUUUGCCUAAGAAAACCGUCACUGGCACAGUCGUCAUUGAAGUCAAAGAUGAGAAUGAUAACUGCCCAAUUAUUGUGAAUCCUCUGCAGACUGUGUGUUCAGAUGCAAAAUUAGUUGAUGUUACAGCUAGUGAUUUGGAUGGCUACCCAAACAGUGAUCCCUUCAGCUUUUCUGUUGUUGAUGAGCCAGAAGGGACAGCAAAAAAAUGGCUAAUUGCAUCCAAAAAUGGCACCAGCAUACAGCUUGCACCACAGGACCUGAAGCCAGGCAGAACUGAAGUUCCCAUCCUAAUAAAGGAUUUCCAAGGGCUGAGCUGUGCUCCGCGACAGUCUCUGCAGUUGACUGUUUGUAAGUGUGCAGAUGACGGCGUAUGCAGAGAGAAAUUUAUUGGCGCUAAGUCAGUGGUUCUAGGACCAGCAGCAGUUGCACUAAUCAUCUUGGCGUUUUUACUUUUGCUGCUUGUUCCACUGUUACUGCUGCUGUGUCCCUGGGGCUCGGGAGCAAAGGGAUUUGGUGGAGUGAAGACAUUUGCUGCAAUACCAGACGGCAGUGAAGCAAUGUUGCGUCAGUGGAACAGCGAAGGGGCAGCUCCGGAGGAGAAGCCAGUGCUAAGCUUCAUUCCAGCCACUGCAGUGGGGAACUUGAGAGGAGCAACAACAGCAGCAGCAGCGGCAGUAGGAAUGAGUGGAGACGAAACUGUAACAGGAGCAGGCAGCUCUGCCUCUCAUCUAGGGGAGCAUCGCAGCACUAUUACCAAGGAGAGAUGGGAAGAGCAAAGACAUCUUCAUUCUGGUGCUGAGUAUGGAGCCAUGGCAGCUGGAGCGGCUGGGGAAGGGCGGGGGGGUGUAGGAGGCAAAACAAUGGUGUCUGGAGGAGGACUUGCAGUGGGAGCAGCAGGAGCCAUGAAUGAAGAAUUUUUAAGAGACUACUUCAAUGACAAAGCUGUCUCUUUUGCCGAUGAAGAUGAAGAGCAAGCUGCAAAAGACUGUCUCCUGGUUUAUUCACAGGGAGAAUCAGGCUCCCCUCAUGGCUCAGUUGGCUGCUGCAGCUUUAUUGAGGGGGAUCUUGAUGACCGUUUCCUUGAUGAUUUAGGGGACAAAUUUAAGACUCUAGCAGAAAUAUGCAUAGGCAGACAGAUCAGCAUGAAAGAUGGUGGCUCCAAGAAUGUAUCAGCUUUGGGUCUUAAUGAUGCCAAGUCAGGGUUUGUAGGCCAGCAGAAUGCUUCCAGCUCCGAACAAGCCUUUGCCUCAGGCAGUUGCUCCCAGCCCACUCUGCCGGUGCAUACAGGCAGUGGCACAGGAGAAGACAUCCUGUCCAAGGAGGUGGUCACGGAAACAACCUUUUCAUCCACAAUGCCAAAGCAGCACAAUGCCCGGCCCCUUUCCACAGCCCACUCGGAGACCAAUGUCACCAUGACAGAAACAUCCUACUCUGCAGGGGCUGCUGCCCACUCAGGCGCUGUCUUUCUAGACCCCCAGUUCAAGGAGAACGUGGUGGUGACGGAGAGAGUGUUGGCACCUGCAUCAAGCAUUCAGGGUAUGGUCAAAAUCCCUGAUUUGCCACAUGGAAAUAAUGUGGUGGUUACGGAGAGGAUAGUGAAGUCAGCGGGUGCAGGGCCAGGAGUUCUGGCAGUUCAGGAUCUUCCUGACUCCCGGUAUGUCGUGGUGAGGGAGCGAGAGAGGGUGCUUGUGCCCGCUGCAGAGCAGGACUCACUCAGCUUCCCCACUUUGACAGAAGAACGUGGUGUGAUGGCGAAUGAAAGGGUGGUGACAGCCUCAGGCCUGCAGAGCAGAGCUGAACAGGCAGCAGGAGGUGUCAGCUCUGGGAGGCAAGAGCAUGUGUUGAUUACAGACUCCCCGCUUAACCUGGCAGGCUCCGACUUGGAAGGGCCACCUCCUGCCAGUGCCACACUGAGCAAGUCUUCCAGGGUCACCAAGUACAGCGCAGUGCAGUACACUCGCUCAUAG